AUGGUGCUGGCAUACCAUAUUACUGAACGAGAGUGGGAUCGUCUGAAACGUGACGAGGAUCGAUUAUCCUCCGAAAUCGAACAAGCCGAAGAGCAAAUAGAACAACUCUUCGCUAAACUGAAACGUUUGCGAAAGCAUCGCAAUUUCUUAAAAGAACGUGGUGGGAAGAUGUUGGAUCAUAAUUCCUAUAUAAUGGACGUGUUGGACGGAGAAGACCCUCCGUCUGCCGAAGAUUUGCGCGAGCUGGAUCGUUUGGCCAGUGAACACGAGACUGCCCAGCUUGCUGCUGUCUCUAGUGAUCCUACAUUGAGCCAGUUGAUGAAUGAUCCCGCUUUUUGGUCGGUUUUCGAUCUUUCUGCUGCUGGUGGUACCGUCGAACCGACUGGUGGCACCCCAUCAGGUUCUCGAUAG